UAGUGUGCAAAAUCCCUGACUGUCUGAAUUUUUACAAUAUUGUGGUAGGAUAACUAAAUCCAAAAAAGAACCAUAAAAAAUGGAAUCGAACAAAGUUGAGUGAAUUCAUCGAAAAAAGUGUCUUUUUGUUGAUCAAGCAUUCUUCUGUCCAACGUUUCUGUCAGUGGGUUAUUUAGCAUCAUAAUUUUGAUAAUAGUAUUGCCAAUUUAGGGUUUAAUAUAAUGUAAUUUAACUCAAAAUGUCUCAUCAUACAAAAUUCUGCUUUAAUUGAUGUGUGCGCCUUCUGUUAUGGUUUUGAAUGCAUUUGAUAAAUUUUUACUGUAGUAUCAAUGUAGUCUGGAAAUGGUGUGUAAGGAGGAGGUUUUAUUCUGGUUUAAGGACUUGGAUGGUUAUAAAAGGAUAGAUGUGUUAUAUGAGUUACUAAAUAUGUGUUUACCUUUUGAGUUGCGUUUCAUAGGUUCUUGCAUAGAAGAACUAGGGAAGCAUACUUAUCAAGAAUUGCGGGGACCUACUCUCACAGCAAAUGAUUUAGAAAAACUUUCUAAAGAUGUGUCGUUUAAUCAGGGUAUUUUAGAUGAAAAUGUUCGACAUCGAGUGUUGGUGUAUAUAUCGUUACUAUCAUCUAGGAACUAUAGUGUAGCAAAUUGGUUGUAUAAAAAGGUAUUAAGGACAGACCAUAUUGAAGAUUAUUUAGUGAAAGAGAGGGGUAAAGAUGAAGUACUCCAUAGUGAAUUUUUAUUAUUGUAUACGAUGGCUUUACACCAUCCCGCAUUUACAUUUGACCAAAAACAAUUUUUUAGUAAAGUAUUGGCACAUUUAAUUGAUUUUAGGGAAAAUCGUGUUUCUGCCAAACACUGUGCACUCGGGUAUCCGCCUGGAUUUGGAUAUCCAACCCAGAAGAUCCAUGACAUACCAACGAUACCGGUAAAGGUCGCUCCGACGUCAUGUGGUGACACGCCCGCUACCUUUCAGCAUCCACCCGGUCUCACACAUUUACCACCCCCGCCCCAUAUAGACUUUAUCACUCCUAUGUGGAGCAGGCCGGGAUUUCCAUACGGUGCUCCAGAGGUGCCACCUUUCCCACCUCCUUCCAUAUCACCGUUAGUUAGUCAAGCAACUUCACCUAAUCAGAGCAGAAGUACCUCGCCGCACAGAUCCCAGAUGAGUAUAAGACCGCCGCCACCUCCGCAGGUGUUGCAGCCGCCGCUGGCAGGGCCACCACCUAACGUUCCGAUGAACGGCCCACCGCCACCUCUGGAUAUAAUGCCAGUCUCUGUGCAUCCGCAGCCAUCACUAGAUCAGCUCUCUCAAACUAAUCUGCCUGUGUAUAGUAACCCCGACUUAAAGUUGGCCGAGGACGACUUAGCAAAGUUAAGCUCAAUAGUGGAAGAGAAGCAUCUAAUGUGGCCCCAACAGGCUCCUCCGCUGAACGAAGUGAAGUCGAACGGCAUUAGAUUUCCCCAUUUUCUAGGGAACGUUAAACCCUUCCUCGUUGAACAAAUGCAAGCCCUAAACCUGGAAGGCGAGAACUCCCUUCACCAAUCCAACUCGUCCAGCAAUAGCAGCCCGAACGGGACGCCCCCCAGCACACCCCUUAGCACGCCGGCUUCCACGCCGCACGGGCCGGGCAGGGGCGACAAGUCCAGGGUGAACGGAAUGCCGCAGUUCGGAGUGAGCUCGGGGCCACCCCUCCACAACACCACGCCGCCGCCCCCACCAACGUUCAGCAACAGCUCGGUGCCUUACAGUUUUCCCCAGUUCACGGCCCUUCCCCCGAACAGGUCAAUGUUCCAUUACACCCAGGCUUUCAGACCUACUUUCACUCCCCCCUACCCCAAUUACCCGACUGACAACUCCUUCCCCACCUACACUUAUCCUUAUAUGUCCCUUAUAAUUUCCAGCCACUACCAGCCACGGACUCCUCCCGGUUGCUACAAUUGUGGCGCGACCGGCCACCUGGGCACCGAAUGCCCCAGUCAGAAUAUCGAGGAGAUCACGCAGAAGAAGACCUAUCAGUUAGAAUACACAUCUCCGCUACCCGAUCCGGAGAAAUGAUAGUGUACCGUACAGUUUUGAACGAGUUUAUCCAGUGAUCUGAACAGUUACCGUACUGUUUGAAAUGUGUAAUAUAGGUUUAAAAUCAUGUAAUUAUUAUGUAAAAAGUCUUUAUUUUUUCUCGUUUGGCAUUAAUUACGCCUGCCGUUUUUUUUUUCUCUAAUUUUACCUCUGUGGUUUUUAGUCUUGUUUUUAUACAAUUUUAUAUAAAUUUGCAAUUUUUAAAAUUCGAGAAUCUCCGGGUGUUUUAUAGACAACGUAUGAUUUUUAUCAUAUUUUUUUUAAUACAGUACUUAUUGCAGAAAUAAUGUCGCCAUAUACAGAUUAAGUACCAUGUUUAUUGUUUACUAUUUUUUUUUGUUACGAAAAAAAAAACAAAAUAAAAGUUGGUUAGAUUGGUUCUAGGAAAUGUAAUCGAAUUAUGUCAAUAAAGUGCUUUUUACAACCAGCGUAUUAAGGAAUGACUGCAGUAAGAUAAAUCAGGAACGAUAAUCGGUUAUUUAUGACGGUUUGAUGAAAUAUCAUGUAAAAUAUAUGUUAAUUUAGUGAUGUUAAGUACGAGCAGUAGUAAUGUGUUUAGUUUUACAACUUAAUUACUUUUUUCCUGCUACAGUCGUGGAACACCGAUUUCUUAGUCAAAUAUUGUGAUAGUUAUCUUCUCGAUGAAUAUUUCUUGUAUUCUUAUUUUUAGUGUCGGUGUACGCCUAGUUACGAUUAUUGUAACGAUCGAUAAAACAAGUGUAUUCGAGGAAAUGAAGCACUGAACCUCCG